AUGUCUACCAGCAGCCGUACGUGUCCUGUACCAACAGUCAAUGGACAUAUGACUCAUUACCCAGCUCCGCCGUACCCAUUACUUUUCCCUCCUGUCAUUGGUGGACUUUCCCUUUCGACUCUGCAUGGCAUUCAAGGCAACCCACCAACCAGCGGCUGCAGCACCCCAUCACCAGCAACAAUUGAAACUCAGAGCACCAGUUCUGAAGAACUUGUUCCCAGCCCGCCUUCCCCGCUUCCUCCUCCUCGUGUUUACAAGCCCUGCUUCGUUUGUCAGGACAAAUCUUCUGGAUAUCACUAUGGCGUCAGUGCUUGUGAGGGAUGUAAGGGUUUUUUCCGCAGAAGCAUUCAGAAGAACAUGGUUUAUACAUGUCACCGAGAUAAGAACUGUGUUAUUAAUAAAGUCACUAGGAACCGCUGCCAGUACUGCAGACUACAGAAGUGCUUUGAAGUGGGAAUGUCCAAAGAAUCUGUCAGAAAUGACAGGAACAAAAAGAAGAAGGAGCCUUUAAAGCAAGAGUUUAUGGAGAAUUACGAAAUGACGGCAGAGUUGGAUGAUCUCACAGAGAAAAUCCGAAAAUCUCACCAGGAAACCUUCCCUUCUCUCUGCCAGCUGGGCAAAUACACUACGAACUCUAGCGCUGACCAUCGAGUUCGGCUGGACCUUGGGCUUUGGGACAAAUUCAGCGAACUUGCGACCAAGUGCAUUAUUAAGAUAGUGGAAUUUGCAAAACGGCUGCCUGGUUUCACAAGUUUGACAAUUGCAGACCAGAUCACACUACUUAAAGCUGCAUGCUUGGACAUCUUGAUUCUUAGAAUUUGCACAAGAUACACGCCUGAACAAGACACGAUGACGUUUUCCGACGGCCUUACACUGAACCGAACUCAGAUGCAUAACGCUGGAUUUGGUCCCUUGACGGAUCUUGUGUUCACAUUUGCCAAUCAGCUCCUGCCCUUGGAAAUGGAUGACACGGAAACUGGCCUGCUUAGUGCCAUCUGCUUAAUCUGUGGCGACCGCCAGGACCUCGAAGAACCAGCUAAGGUAGAUGAACUACAGGAGCCGUUGUUGGAGGCUCUCAAAAUAUACAUCAGAAAAAGAAGACCCAACAAGCCUCACAUGUUUCCAAAGAUAUUAAUGAAAAUCACAGAUCUACGCAGUAUCAGUGCAAAAGGUGCUGAACGUGUUAUUACACUGAAAAUGGAAAUCCCUGGCUCUAUGCCGCCUCUUAUCCAAGAAAUGUUGGAAAACUCAGAAGGACACGAACCACUGACCCCAAGCUCAACCGGGACCACAGCAGAGCACAGUCCUAGCAUCUCCCCAAGCUCCGUGGAUAACAGCAGCGUGAGUCAAUCCCCACUGGUGCAAUAAGACAUUCUCCAGCGACAUUCCUAACAUUUUAUAGACAGGGAUGAGACGCACGAAUAGUCUUUACUGCUGCUCAUUUUCUGGACUUAUAUAUAAACACACUAAAACCCAACAAGGACCAAGAACUUUUCAUGUGUAUCUGUAUUAUAUGUACACACACACAUACCCAAACAGAUGCCUUGCAGCUUAACUUGAAACCAUAAACUUUUGAAAUACUAAAAGAACUAGUUCAUGAAAUAAUUAACUAGUUAAGCUUCAAUUGUUUCUGCUGGAAAUCCAAGAUUGUACGGUGACAAGACAGAUCUCAAACAGGAGGUUAAAAUUAUGAUUUUACCCAUUUCUGAUGACUUUGUACAUAAACAAAAUAUAUGGGCCUGUACUUUCUCUACUGGAUGUUUGGUGCUCUCCUUUUCUCUUGCGUACAUGAAAUGACCCAGACAUCAUGCUUAUGAAAUGGACCGCUUACAUGUCCAGGUGAAAAAAAGUUCUAAGAGAGACAUUCUAAUUUAGUUAGGAUGAAAACUUGUCUUUGCUCUCUUUUUUAAUGGCCUCUGUUUGUAUUUCUUCCUUUCCCAGUAAAAGGAUACAAAGAAAUUCACUGCACUAGCAGAAGGAACUUCUGUAUACAUGUAACUGCCAGACCAGUUAUUUGGAUGUAAUUUGUUUUACUGUUAAUGUCACUUUAAAAAUUUACAAGGGGGUUUGUUACUUGGCUGACUUCUCUGCAUUUAAAAAUAAAUACUAAAUUUUUAACUUCAGUUAUAGCCUUCAAGGCAGAAACACUUUCCAGUGUUAAUGUUUUUUUGUUUUGUUUUGUUUACUUGUUCACAAGCUGUUAGGGGGAAAUUCAUGGGCUAAUGAUGACCAGGCAUACUCACUACCUCUGAAUUGGUGACACUAGUGAAAACAAAUAUGGAGAAACUGUCCCCCCCAAGCCCCACAGUCCUCUCUGGUAACAAGGGGCUGUCACUAGAAUACCCAAAAGCAGAGUUGAGAAUCUGCCUCUUUGACUUUGUUAAUCACCAUAAAACAGAGUGGAAAAUGUGGUAGCGUGGUUACAAUUUUUAAGUGUCAGUUUCUUAGGUUUCAUUUUAAAGCACUAGUGAAUUUUUUUUAUAUAUUCUAGCAAGUCUGUGAUGUACUUUCACUGGCUCUGUUUGUACAUUGAGAUUGUUUAACAAUGCUUUCUAUGUUCAUAUACUGUUUACCUUUUUCCAUGGAAUCUCCUGGCAAAGAAUAAAAUAUAUUUAUUUUAAA